AUGUUGACUUGUCGGGGUUGUAUGAGACGAUAUCUACAGAAUCUUAUCGGAGACUCUUCCAUCUCAUUCCCGCCUUCACUAUCACGAACCCUCGCCGCCACCGUUCCUAGCAGUCAAGCAUCUAGACGAAGUUCUACUGUCGCCUUUUCACCACCAGUCCCCAGUGCAGGAAGCGCAUCACAUUCCUCGGCGGAUAGAGACGCGGGUCCUCCGUCGCCGAGGUGGAAGGAUCGGCAGCGAUGGCUGGAAUCCAGAGGUGUUCGACCUGCUCAUAAGCCAGCCGCUACGAAGGAUGCGGACCAAGCUUUCGUAGUACGGAAGCAUCUCAAGUAUUUGAAAGAUCCUCUGAAGCUCGCGGAACAAGUUCGAAAAUUCCUUCGGGAUGAUGAUUUCGAAACUACUUUGGCACUCGUGCGAGCCGCCAGUAAAGAUAUACAAUGUACCGUCAGCUGGAACCAUUUGAUUGAAUGGCAGUUGAGUAAGGGGAAGAUGAAUGCCGCCAUCAAGACAUAUAAUGAGAUGAAGAAACGAUCGCAGGUUCCCGAUGCUCGUACAUACACCAUAAUCUUCAGUGGCUGCGCCAACCAUCCAGAUACAGAACAUGCCCUCGCGAAAGUAAUAUCAAUAUAUCAAUCCAUGCUCACCGAAAAAUCUCUCAUCAAGCCAAAUACAAUACACAUGAAUGCCGUUCUCAAGAUGUGUGCGCGAGCCCAGAACAUGGACGCUCUAUUUGCAAUAGCAGAUAAGAUGCCUGCCAAAGGUCUUCGAGCGCCAAAUAACCUGACGUACACGACGAUCAUCAAUGCACUCCGGAUAAGCGCAGUCAAUGAUCUACGAAGUACUCUGGAUGAUAAACAGAAAAGAGAGAACCGGCGGAAGGCAAUACUGCAGGCGCGAGUUCUUUGGGCAGAUGUAGUUCAGCGUUGGCGCCAGGGAGACAUGUGGAUUGACGAGGAGCUCGUUUGCGCGAUGGGUCGCAUUUUGCUUGUGGGUGAGACCCAAGAUAAUGAUGACAUCCUGUCUCUGGUCGAACAGGCCAUGAAUAUCCCUCGCCAGGUUCCUCGGAAGGGCACUCCAGAACGUGCCCUGAUUGAGCCAGGAAGUCAAGGAAAGCGCACGGCUCGUCCUGACCAGAGCCAGAUGUCUGCAUCGAAUGAGGCUGAACCGGAAACGGCCGCUGACGAAGACAUUGCCUCUGCGGAGCGAUUUGAACCGGUCACGCUGACAAAGUCUCCUUCGCCAGCUACCAAUGCCUCCUACGCUAGGCCUGGACCCAACACCCUUUCCCUCCUCAUGCAAUGUCUGCUCAAUUUGAGAUUAAAAGAACCUGCAAGCAGAUACUGGAAACUUCUCACUAAGGAAUAUGGCCUAAAGCCUGACUCCGACAACUAUCAUGCCUAUCUUCGUAUCCUUAGGUACGCAAGGGCGAGCGCAGAAACACUCGAGCUCCUUUUGGAAAUGCCCACAAGUUACAUGCAGUCCAAGACAUUCCGGAUAGCGAUGUCUGCCUGCGAGCGAGAUAAGAACAAUCGAAAUGCUUUUCCGACCUCCGGAAAAAUCCUCGACAUAAUGGAAACUAAUCUCAAGGUGCCAGACAUAUUUUCUUUGACGAGGUACUUAGAUUUAGCAGUCACCGCGCCUGCCUACAGCCCAAAGGUAUCCUCGAAUGGCGAGAGUGUGCAAUCGAAGACCGCUCGGGGGAGACAAAUUCUCCGCGCUCUUUCCCGACUCGGCCCGAAUUUCCUCAAUCUUAGAUCGUUACUCUCAUAUGGUCUUCCUACCCACUCGCCGACCGUGUCGGAAGACGAAGCUCAGAAAGAGAGUUUCUGGAAAAGCAUGUCCUCGAAAGCCAAGUCUAAGAAAGCAGAGGCUGAAUUUAAGAAUGAGGUCCUUGUAUUGACUCGAAGACUCGUUGGCGCACAUGAUAUCCUGAUAAGGGAUGGCCUUGUUCCCAAAUCCAUGUGGGCAGAACUCGCAGCACAGCGCAGUAAGCUUGCUGCUUUUAUAACACGAUUCAAGAACAAUGCUCGUCCUGUAGACGAUAAGUCAGUCCGCAGUUCUGAACAGGACAAAACAUCCAUAGUUACCCGUGUGCGUUCUUAA